CAUUUACGGAGGGCCAGCUGAACACACAGGAGAAUGCGGACGAGAUGGCCCAUAGCUUGGCCGUAUCCUGGGACGUCAUCACAAACACUCAGGAGGUCAUGACGUACCAAGUGGAGGUAACGCUGAAAAACUGGGGCAAGACGCUCACUCUGAGUAGCGGCCCCUGGCAGAUUUUCUUCGACAGCAUCUUCAUGAUCGAGCCAGACCUUCUCGGGAUUCGCGGGAACAAAGGGGCGGAGCUUCCAGGUCAAGAUGUCAGGGUUACUCAUGUGCAGGGAAGUCUUUUCUACUUUGAGCCAACGCAGAACUUCGCCGCCCUUCCUCCAGGUGGGAUGAGGAAGAUCAAAUUCAAGGUCCGCUACUGGUCAGUGGCACGUACCGACUCCAUGCCCAACUGGUACCUAGUGGUCACUUCACCCCAACUACAGCCUGUUCUCAUCACGAGCACGAGUGGUGAGCGUCUGGAGUUCGUAUCCGGGAGGACGAGUCCACAGCAGUGGAAGCGUUUCAACUACGACCGAUACAACCCCUGGUCCACACAGGAGAGAUACGACCGUUUCUUCAUUCCUUCGUAUGUGGGAAAUUCAGAUCUCCGUGUAAUUCCAAAACCUCUCAAGCUGACAGUACCUUCGGGCUCGAACCCAAGUUCUGUGGGGUUUGACGCAAACUGGAAUAUUCAUUAUGCAGAUCCACAGCUGAAACCAGAAGCAGAUUAUUUGGGAGAUACGAAGAAAGCUUUCAUGUACUCUGCUGCACGUUUCUAUGACAACAUCGCCGAGAGAAGGUCUGGCCAGCCGGUCACGGAAGGGGAAAAAUGCGGUCAAGACAUACAAAAAAAUUGUCCCCAACUAAAAGAUCCUGAAAACAUCCUAGGUAUGGAAGCAACAGCGUUCAGUGAGACGACUAGAACACAGGAACAGCUGCACGACAGGCUCUUCCCGAGGCUGCUAGCUGUGGCGGAAAGGGCUUGGCACAAAGCAUCCUGGGAAUCCAUGCCACCCAGCACAGCCAGAGACACAGCUCGUGACGUGGACUGGGCAGAUUUUGCCCGAUCUUUAGGCGAAAGAGAGUUGCCCCGCUUGAGCGAGAUUGGUGUACAGUACAGGCUGCCUCCCCCUGGGGCAAACUGAUUCGUUGCAUAUCACAACUCAACCGACAAUCGACUACCUGGGCAAGAAUCUCCAAGUACACUAUGUUGUAAAGGACAACUUCGAGAAAUACGACGACAACUUUUUCGAGGCUGUCGUGACGCUGAAAAAUUCCGGCAAAGAAAAUAUAACGGCUGGCAACUGGAGAAUUUACUUCACGUACAUUCAGGUCAUAGAACCAGACUUUAUCAAGAGUGGCCACGAGUACGUUGACCCCGACACCCACAUGAGCAUCGCACACGAGAAGGGAUACAUGUUUAGCCUCGGCCCUGCUCCUGGCUUUCCUGGUCUCCUGGAAGGAGAGGAGCUGGAGAUUGUGCUCAAAGCUGAUGCUUGGUCAGUUUCCAAGUAUGAGCAGAUGCCUAAUUGGUAUGUGGCUGCUCCAGGAAUGGAACCCACAACCAUACAGACCACAGCUGGGGAGAGCUUAAGUUUUGUUGGACCAUUUACUGAGCCACGUCAGUACAAGAGGACAAAGGAUGAUCUCUUCUCUCCUUGGAGUCCAGCCACCAGAUACGACCGGAACCAAAACUGGAAUGUUGACCCCCUUCCCUCCGUGCCCCUGAUUCCACUUCCUGUGAUUUACCGAGUCAGGGGCAAUAACCCAGUGCGCCUGAUGGGCGUCAACGUCUCAGUGGUCUACACAGAACCAGAGUUGCAAUCUGUGGCUGAGUAUUUCGUCAAAACAAUGGAGCAGCUCUUCCCCGACAUACAGCUUACAGUGACACAGGAGACACAAGAAGAGAACUUUGUACUUCUGAAGACUAGCAGUAAUCUUACACAGAUCUCUGACAGCCCUGAGGCAUACAAGAUUCACGUGGACGGGAGUCAGCAGAGUGUGAUGGUCACGGGAGCCUCUGGUCCUGGGGUCUUCUAUGGGGUUGGCGGGAAACGGUGCCAUGACCCGAAAGAGACGGAGUGCAUUAUGUCCACGCUUGGAUCGGGACCAGAUGACUCCACAAGUGGUUCAGGUUUUUACACAAGAGACGAGUAUCGAGAGAUUCUAAGGUUCGCGGCUGAGCGCAACAUCGAGGUCAUCCCGGAAGUGGACACGCCUGGACAUGCGCACAGCGCCAUAAGAGCCAUGAUGGCUCGUCACCAAAAGCUUAUGGAUCUGGGUCGACCCAGCGAAGCCAGCCAGUACGAUCUUGUUGAAGCUGGAGAUCUCUCCCGUUACUUCUCAGUACAGUUCUACACAGACAACGCCGUCAAUCCCUGUAUGGAGAGUACUUAUGCACAGCGAGAGAACAAGAUCGUAGCCAACGUGGAGUUCCCCGGCCUGGGAGUCCAGUACCAGAUCAAGGGAACAGGAUCUCUACAAUGGCGUGACCUUGACCCCGACAAGACCUUCACCGCCGGGCAAAAGGUUGCUCUUAGGACCAAGAACUUGUUGGGAACUCGCUUCAGUGAGGAGGUCGUUCUAAACAUCCGAAAAUACGUGGUUGUCAAUGAUGGCAACCAGGCAGCUCUUGUGAAAAUGUCACCUGUCGUCUGGGUUGUACUAUUGUUAAGUGUGUGUAUGCACAUUGUGCGUGUUCACGUGUAAGUUCAUCUGGCAUCUAGAUCUAGGCGUGUGACAAGUUGCAGACGGCACUGCUUAAUGUCAGGUUUGGUACACAUAUAUCAUUCAUAGUCCAUGGGUUUAUCGUAUGCUUCACCAUAGUAAUGUGUAAUCAUCAAAAUGGGAGGAUAAGAAUGGCGCAAUCUUUUUAC